AAGCCCAGAGGCUGGUUUACUCAUGGAUCUUCUACUUCCUUACCUGGCCUAGAUGUCAGCAGCAUGGACUCUGGAAAUGGAGAUAGAGACAAACCCUCAUCUGAAAAAUGGAGCCUUUUUGGACCAAGAACACUUCAGAAAUCUAACUCAGGUUUCAGUGAGCAGUCCUACAGAGGUACUCAGAAGCCAUCACCAAUGGAGCUCAUUCGGGUUCUGGCUACUAGAGUUUCAGAAGACCCAGCAGCCUUCAAGCCACCUAAGAUGGACCUUCCAGUGAUGGAAGGAAAGAAACAACCUCCACAAACCCAAAGCAUCAAACCAAGAGACAUGAAUGUGCUGACUCCUACAGGGUUCUAA